AUGGGCAAUAAAUGCUGUUCUCAAACUUAAACUAUCACUCAAUCUUAAAAAGAAAUUUUAUUUCCUAUUCGUUAAGAUAGUGGAAUAAAAUCUUUAGGGGAUUCAAUUUAAAUUGGAUAAAUUGGUGAGUUAAUCUCAAAACAUUGCAAAUUAUAUCAAUAUUAAGAUGGAGAUGGUUUACUAUCUCCUCCACCAUUAUCUCCAAAAUAAUAACAUGUUAUUGUUUAUCUUGAACCAAAAGUAUUAGUAGAUGAAGCUAUACAUUAUUAAGCAGAUACUUUAAAAGGAAUACUAAGUGCUAGAUCUAAUGAGGGCCAUUCUGAUUCACCUUGUAGUUCAACUAAUCGUAAAGAUAAACCAUUAAAAAGAAAAGUCUAAUUUAGAGAGUAAUCAAUAUAAUGA